UCACUGACCGCUCACUGAUCAGCUAUGUUUUCUGAACGCAACCAUUGUCUCGUUUGCAAUGAAUAAUAGGGAAUAAAACGUAACACGCUUGUGUGUAGAAAACGUAACUUUUGGACGAUUUAAACUUAUGCAUUAGUAAAAUAUAUUAUUGCCGAAUGGUCUAGAAUAUAUUUAAAGUGGUUAUAUUAGAUCUCAAACAUAUACUCCUAUAACUUUCGACAGCAACUGACGAAAGAUAAAUCGUAUCUGUAUGUUACAAAUCUUCGAGUUGACAACAUGUACAGAAUGUUUACGGGUAUAUCGCAGAAACAAUUAAUUGUUGCUGUUAAGAAAAGUUAUACACAGACAAAAUACUUCAAUGCCUGGCAGAGAUGUAACUUCUCUUCUCAAAAAGAACCUCCUGGAUUAGAAGUUCAAAAGAAAAGUGUUACACCAUUUCCUCCACUAACAAAACCUAUUCCAAAUUUGCCAACAGCUGUUUACUCUACUGCAAAGGAGGAACAUCAAACAACGCAAAUUACAGUCUUACCAAAUGGUUUAAAGGUAGCAUCAGAAAAUCGAUUUGGACAAUUUUGCACUGUAGGUGUUCUUAUCGAUUCUGGUCCAAGAUAUGAAGUUGCAUAUCCCAAUGGUAUCUCACAUUUUCUUGAAAAGCUGGCAUUUGGUUCCACCAACACAUAUAAUAGCAAGGAUGAGAUAAUGCUAGCAUUAGAAAAGCAUGGUGCUAUAUGUGAUUGUCAAGCAUCUAGAGAUACAUUUAUCUAUGCUGCAUCGGCACAACGUCGUGGAUUGGAUUUAGUGACUCAAGUUUUGGGUGAUGUCGUUUUACGACCUCAAAUUACAAAUGAAGAGGUUCAAAUUGCUAGACAAAUAGUACAAUUUGAAUUGGAGUCUUUACACACUAGGCCAGAACAAGAGCCGAUAUUAAUGGAUAUGAUUCAUGCUGCCGCAUACAAACACAACACAUUGGGCUUGCCCAAAAUCUGUUCAGAAAAAAACAUUGAAAAAAUUGACAGAAAAAUUUUACAUACGUAUCUCAAAUAUCAUUAUGUACCAAGUAGAAUGGUGGUUGCUGGAGUUGGUGUUGAACAUGAAGAUUUGGUCCACGCUGUUAACAAAUACUUUGUGGAUCAAAAACCUAUUUGGGAAGAACAGACUGAUCUUAUUCUGCCAAAUUAUAAAAAUAGUGUUGAUGGGUCUAUUGCACAAUAUACGGGAGGAUACGUUUCGGAGGAAUGUAACGUGCCGAUUUACGCAGGACCUAGUGGUCUGCCUGAAUUGUCACAUGUUGUCAUAGGUUUAGAAGGUUGUUCCCAUCAUGAUUCAGACUUUGUUCCUAUGUGUGUAUUGAAUAUGAUGAUGGGAGGUGGUGGCAGUUUUAGCGCAGGUGGUCCUGGAAAAGGCAUGUACACUCGCUUAUAUACCAACGUAUUAAAUAGGUAUCAUUGGUUAUACAGUGCAACAGCAUACAAUCAUGCUUAUGCUGACACAGGACUGUUUUGUAUCCACGCCUCAUGUACACCACCUCACGUGAAAGAAAUGGUAGAAGUAAUUGUGCAGGAAAUGGUCGCAAUGGCAAACGGAGUCACAGACAAUGAAUUAGCGAGAGCAAAAAAGCAACUACAAUCGAUGCUACUUAUGAAUCUGGAACAACGACCUGUUGCAUUUGAAGAUAUAGGUAGACAAGUCUUAGCAACUGGUUCCAGAAAACGGUCAGAAUAUUUCAUAAAAGCUAUUGAAGGAAUAACUAAGGACGAUAUUAAUAGAGUAACACGACGAUUAUUGAAAUCAUCACCUUGCAUGGCGGCACGCGGUGAAGUGAAAGCUGUUCCUUCUUUGUCAGAUGUUCAAAGCGGUUUAAUCGAUACGCAAGGUCGGUUACCCGGUUCUCGUAGCAGGUUAUCACUUUUUCGUUAAAAUCGUACCCGGCUUUUUGAUCUAAAUAAAUGUUACUUAAUCAGUUCUAGUGAAUUAAUAAUUUAAAUACUUAACAUUUAAUUAUAUAUUGAAUUAAAUCUUGUACGAUAUAAAAUAAUAAACACAUGUAUCUAAUAUAACUAAUCUGGAUAAUAAUUUCGAAAAAAUUACUGUACAUUUUUUAACCUCAUUAAUAGUAUUUUACAUUUGAUGAAAAUUAUAUAUUGAAAAAAAACCAGUACAUCUCACUAUUGCUAAAUGAUUUUAGUUUUUAUGUACUUGCAAUAUGUUUUUAAUAUAUUGAUUGAAGUUUAGAUUUUAUAUAUGCAAUAUAUUCUGAGAAUAUGUUUAAUUAUACAAAGAUAAAAUUAUUUAUUGUUCAGCAGCAUGAAAAACGAAAAAAUUUUGCCGUCAAACGGAAACAUAAUACAAGAUGUGAAAGAUUGAAUAGUUUGUUACUAUGUACCAUAUGCCUGUAUUUGAACAUUCAAUUAUGAAUGUGCUGAAAAAUAUAAGUACAUAAAAAAAUA